UGAACACGCUGAGAAGCUAUUGCUUUACGGACUCGACAGUGGUUGACAGUUCUGCACCGAGUACUACUAUCAAAUCCUUGAUUGAUCUUGCCAUAGUCUCCACCAACAAGAUCCACGAACCUCUAGGCACCUACGAAUCCUUUCAUCACCCAUUGCACUCAUAGCUCUUCCCAAACACCAUGAGUUCACUAUCGAGAUGGCCAAUUAUUGUGAUCUUGAUUACAGUUCUCAUGGCUACCCUGGUAGCUGCAGAUAUAUGCUCGAAGCUGAAAGCAGACGGGAUCCAAGUCGAAGAACCUCUCACUUUAGACUAUAACGUUGACCUUUGGAGAUAUUGGUCCACUGCUUGUGGUGAUCUCCGUCCGACAUGUAUCGCCGCUCCAUCAAACGCACUAGAAAUGUCACAGGUCGUGAAGGAGCUCCACCACUUCGAAACUCUCUUUGCCGUGAAAUCAGGAGGGCACAUGCCCAACAAUGGCUUUGCUAGCAUUCAAGACGGUCUUCUCAUAGCAACCAAGAACCUUGACCAAGUAUUAUAUAACUCUGAUGAUCAAACCGCAACCAUCGGGCCGGGACUCUCGUGGGGGAAUGCCCAGAAGGAACUACAUGGAAUCGGUCGAACUUUGGUGGGUGCUCGUAUGGCCGGUGUAGGCGUGGGAGGAUACAUGCUCGGAGGUGGGAUGAGCUUCCUGAGCUCACAAUACGGAUGGGCGGCGAACAAUGUCAUCAACUUCGAGGUUGUUUUGGCAAAUGGGACUGUUGUGAAUGCAAACAAGAAGGCAAACACCGAUCUCUUUACGUCUCUGAAGGGAGGUGGAAAUAACUUUGGCAUUGUCACUGCGUACACUCUCCAAACACACCCGCAGGAUCACAAGGUCUGGGGAGGCAACUACGUCUUUGCUUCAGAUAAAGGUCCUCAAAUUCUUGAGGCACUUCGGGACUUCGUUGAAUACUGCCCAGAUGACAAGGCUGCCAUCAUUUUGACGGCGGAGUGCGCUGCAUUUCUCGAUACCUGGAUCAUGUUUCUAUUUUAUGAUGGCCCUAAGCCCCCCCAGGGCGUCUUUGACAACUUCACAGCCAUUGGUCCACUUGAUGCCACCAAGACGUGGAAUAGAUAUUACGAUCUGCUCAAACACAACGACUUCUUCAUUUUACAUGGCAAGCGAUACGCCAUCGCUACUGAGACAGCACCCCUUCCCGACAAAAGUGUUGGUGCAGAGGUGCUGCGCACAUACUAUCGCCAUUGGCACAGCGUCACCAAAACAGUGCUUGAUGUCCCGGGCAUGGUUGGCUCGCUUGCCUUUCAGCCGAUGCCCAAAGCCAUCACUAGCAAAGCCAAGGCGAGAGGCGGAGAUCUGAUUGACUUCCCGAUUGACCAAGACUACAUCGUGAUCGAAUUUGACUUCUCCUAUGACCUCUCCAGACACGAUAAAGAGAUAGAUACGGCCAUCAGGAGCCUCUUCAAUGGUUUCGACAACAUUACCAGCCAAUAUAUUGACAACGGCAUAUUACCCAACGUCUACCGACCCCUCUUCAUGAACGAUGCCAACCACGCACAGGACUACUGGGGGCGCCUGCGCACGACGGAACAAGCCCGACAGACUAGACGCCGAUAUGACCCUGAGGGCUUCUUCCAAAAGCGCACCAGCGGUGGCUGGAGAUUGGAGUAGAUGAAGCUGCGUCCCUCGCAGCCAAUACCUGCUCAGGAGUAGCCCGUGCCGUCAAUCCUUCCAGCACGGAACGUAUAUCUUGAAUCGACAUCCUUCUCCACAAAACCUCAAUCCAUCCACCUGCAUAUCCUUAAUAUAGCGACAAGCGGCUUACCUGAAGACCGAGCGAGAGCGAUCUGCACUGCAGGCGCCUCCAUCCACACACAUCAUCAGAGAAUGGAUAUAAAGCAACCCUGCAUAAACCAAACGAGGCGGAGCCGCUCCUCCACCACUGCAAUCAAUUCAACAUACCCUCCGCGCCAAUCAUCCUGACGCCGGUGGUCUCAGGUUCAAAUAAGUUCUGCUGGCUGUUGGCCAGGAACAAAUCCGCGAUGGGGUCUCUAAGCGCCAGAGUAGGGAAA